AUGGGGAAAUCCUCGACGAUCUUCCCCUACUGCUUAGUCAUCUCUCUCUUCGUCCUCGUAUCGUCCUCAAGCGGUAUAGACACAAUUCAGCAGUUGCAGAACAUCAGCGAUGGCCAGACUCUCGUCUCCGCCGGCGGGAUCUUCGUGCUGGGGUUCUUCUCUCCGGGGGAUUCCGGUAAGAGGUAUCUGGGCAUAUGGUUCGCCGUUUCUAAUACAACAGUCGUAUGGGUCGCGAACAGAGAUAAGCCUCUCAACGACUCCUCCGGUAUCCUGCGCAUCGACACCAGCGGCAAUCUCGUCCUCACCGGGAACCCUCCCAACACAAUCUUCUGGUCUACGGGACAAACCAGCUCGGUCGGCGCCACCGCACAGCUGCUGGACUCCGGCAAUUUCGUGCUCAGAGAAGGGAUCAGUCCUACGGCCGGAGACUUUCUCUGGCAAAGCUUCGACCACCCAACGGAUACCAUGCUUGCGGGGAUGAAGAUCGGGCCGGACUACAGGACCGGGCGUGAUCGGAACCUGACGGCGUGGAGGAACGCGACCGAUCCCUCGCCGGGGCGAUUCACCUACAAGCUGGAUCCUCGCGGGAUGGGUCAGCCCUUCGUGCUGGAUAACACGACGGUGAUCUACCGCAGCGGCCCCUGGAACGGGCUCCGCUUCAGCGGCACACCGACGACGAAGUCCUACACGAUGUUCAACUUUACCGUGGUACAUAAUCUGGAGGAGACGUACUACCAGUACGGGAUAACCCAGGAGCCGACCCUCGCUAGGCUGGUGACGGAUCAUUCCGGAGUGGCGAGGCGCUUGCUGUGGGAUAGUAAGAAGGCGGGCUGGCAGGAGCUAUGGAGUUCGGACAUCGACCGGUGCAGCAACUACUCCCUCUGCGGCCCCAACGGGGUCUGCAACAGCGAUGCUUCUGUCGCAUGCAACUGCCUUAGGGGAUUCCGGGUCAAGCACCAAGACGAGUGGAAUAUUCGAAACUGGAGUGGAGGCUGCGUGAGGAAUACGAGUCUGAACUGCACCGACGGCGACGGGUUUCGGCUGGAGACGGGGAUGAGGUUGCCGGACACGGUGAACUCCACCGUCGACAUGGGCAUGAAUCUCGAUGAAUGUAGGGAAUCAUGUUGGAGGAAUUGCUCCUGCGUGGCAUACGCGAGCGCGAACAUCAGCGGAGGAGAAAGUGGCUGCAUAACCUGGAUUGGGGAUCUGAUUGAUAUGAGAACUUUUGGGCAAGUUGAAGAUGGGCAAAAUAUUUACAUACGACUUGCGAAGGCUGAUCUCGGUACGUUCUACCAUCUCACUCACCUGAGCGUUUACUCGAGUGAAAUCACGUCUGACUGGUCUGAACCAGCGCCUCAAGGAUGCUCCGAUGUUCAUAUUUUUGGGGUUCUUCCCUCCUAAACCAGAAUCACAAGUCGUAUCUAAGUAGGCUGAUCAAAUGCCUUAUGCCUUUCCUUUUAGUAUCUUCCCGACCCAUUUAACCUACGGCUAUUCGCUACAGUGAUAUUUGAUAUUCUGCAGAAACCGCAGCAAGAUUAGGGUUUCUGUUCGAGGGGAGGUAUAAAACUGCGAAUUAACCUCUCCUGUUUUCAUAUUUCGGUUGCAUUUUCCCGUUUUAAAAGGAAUUCGAUGGAAACUAUUAUUUUCCGGAGUAGAUUAUCCAUACGGAGUUCUUUUCAGGAAAGGAGAUCCAUAUUUUGAUAGUAAUUUUGUAGCAGUCAGUAUGCCUCAUUAACUAUUUAUUAAUGUUUUUUUUCGGGAGGGGGGGGCGGGGUAGAGGGGAAAGGGACUGGCCAUCGUGGCCAGGGGUGGGCUUUAGCCCAUGGGAAACGGCUUGGAAAGGAUGCCUCGUCCGAAGCCCAUUUCUCGGCAGUACCCCCGGGUCGACCGACGGCCACCCUUCACGGAUGCCGUUCCCCCUGGGAGACUUCAGAGAGAGCCGUCUUGUGAGGCUCUCUGCUGAGUGGGCGCCGCAUUGCCAGUCGGCAAGGCCACUCUUCGCGAGGAGGCUGUCCGAAAAUGCGGACGGUUGUGGAGGCUUUCUCGCGGUGGCUAUUCGCCAUGGAGGUCCGCAGCGGUGAGCCCCAACCCUGCGGCGGACGGCCCCCGAGAGAACGCCCUCUUCGUCAAGCGUUGAGCCUCGCAGCGGCAGCGUACACGAUGGCAAGGGGGGGGGGGUGGAUGAAGUCCUUUUCGCCGGCCAGGUUGAUUUCCCCGUGAGCAUCCACCGAAAUUGAUGAUGUUCUCCGAGAUUUUUUCGCAAAAGUACUUGACUCCCUACAAGGGCCCUCAUCUAUGUUACGAGCUGUGUUCUUCACUAUCUAAUUCGAAGUGGUUAAGAGAAUCCCCUGAUAGCCAAAAUUCGUUUCAUAUUUUUGCCACUGCUUCUGGGUUCAGGAAUGUUAGACAGCAAAAUCAAGGUAUCGCAACGACUUCCUCCAGUCGACAACUCUGCAUCUUCAUUCUCUUUUGAGAUAAAUAAAUAAGCUGGGUCCUCUGCCCUUACUGUUUAACUUCAUUCGCGUUGAAUCUUCCUUCAAACCUGUCCUCCUAGAGCGAGUUCUUAGAGGGGAGUUCUCAGCUGAUCUACUUCACCUUUUCUGUCCCGCCCUUCAUUGGGUAAACAUAAUUAAUUAGUGAUCCUAUGGGUUCCUCCUGCUGAUAAUAUAGGCCUGUUUACAAGGCCGUGGAACAGCACGGCAGCCUACAGAAUGGCUGCAAAUGCACAUCCAGCCUACUUCCUCGUCGUGAUUUUCUUUUCCCUUAAUAUUCAGAAGCAUCCAGAUUUUUACUUAACAUGAAAUUAUUUCUCAUGCAGAAGAGAUUCUUGGGAAUCCAUCUAAGAAGAAACACAGGGCAAUCAUCGCCGUCACGGUGGCUUCAGCUUUGGUGUUGCUUUUUUCGGUACUUUGUGGAUAUUGCAUAUGGAGAAAGAGGAAUCAGAAGGCGGAAGCCAUAAUCGAACAUGGUAAGAUGAAAAGAACUUUCACAAAGGAUUUCCAUUUGAUUGUCCUCUGUAGAACUGGAAAACUUUUAUGUUGAAAAUACUAAUAGCACUAAGGAAUCACUUUUAUCAUCUAGAGAAACAUUCGGGCGCAUGCAACUGCUGUUUAAUCUUAGUGUCCAUGCAUCUAUGUCAGGUUCAAGGUUUCAAAGCAUCAACAAUGGUCUUACUGAUGAAAACAACGAUCUGCCCCUGUUUGAUUUGGAUACGAUAGCAUUGGUCACAAACAAAUUCGCAGAUGCAAAUAAGAUCGGGAAAGGAGGGUUUGGUUAUGUCUACAAGGUGAGAUUUCCUUUCUAUCGCGUCUCCUAGUAAAACGUGUUCCUUAUCAGCUAACAAUACGUCAGGUUUUUUAUAUCCUCCUCCUGGAGGUAUCUUACUCCUUCAUGACUUAUUGGAGACGUAGUGCUAAUUUCGCAAGCCUUCUGUGCAAAUUAUCAGGGAAAAUUUGUGGACGGGCGAGAAGUGGCUGUAAAGCGACUCUCCUCACAUUCUGAAGAAGGGAUUGAAGAGUUCACGACUGAGGUUAGGCUGAUUGCCAAACUCCAACACAGAAACCUUGUCCGGCUUCUUGGAUGCUGCAUUGAAGGAGGAGAAAGACUGUUGGUCUACGAGUACAUGCCCAAUAGUAGCUUGGAUGUCUUCAUAUUCGGUAGGAUCCUUGAUUUUUUGUUUUGAUUGCAAUCAUAGGGAUUAGAAUUUUCAAUAUUGUCCCAAUGCUUGCGAACAAUGAUACUGAUGAUGGUCGCAAGUAACUUAUAGGGAUCCGCCAGUAGCGUUAAAAGCCAUUGGUUGUUGACCCAGAAAAGAACCUUCAUUUACAUGCAGGUGAUGUCCAGAAGCGUCGGUUAUUGGACUGGGAAAAGCGCUUGGACAUAAUCUUGGGGGUAGCCCGUGGGCUUCUCUACCUCCACCAGGAUUCACGGCUCAGAGUCAUCCACAGGGAUCUCAAGGCUGCCAACAUACUCCUAGACGAGGCUAUGAACCCCAAGAUCUCGGACUUUGGCACUGCCAGGAUCUUUGGAAGGAACCAAAUGGAGGACAACACAAUCAAAAUAGUCGGCACCAUGUACGUCCUCUCUCUUGAGCUAGUUAUUCAUUUUCGUUUGAUCUCAUGACGAACAGUGACAGUAUUAUUUUCGUUUCACGAACGGUGCAGCGGAUACAUGUCCCCAGAGUACAUCAUCAAUGGGAAUUUCUCGGAGAAGUCUGACAUCUUCAGCUUUGGAGUUCUGGUGUUGGAGAUCAUAAGUGGAAGGAAGAACCAGUGGGUCUCUCAGAAGAACACCCACAUGCAGCUUCUUGCUAACGUACGUGCAGCACAGCUAGAACAAUCUACAGAAUACCAUUCCAUUUACCGCAAUCAUCAUUGGCUACUAAUGGCCCAAAGAUGCAUACAAUGCUUACUCUUAUGGGAAACUUUCAUAUCAGGCUUGGAGACUGUGCAGAGACAACCAAUGUGAUAAGCUCCUGGACGACACACUGAGGCCUCCAACUAAGUUCUCCGAUGUCCUGAGGUAUAUGAAGGUUGGGCUACUGUGUGUGCAGGAGUCUCCAGACGACAGGCCAACCAUGCAAGAGGUGGUUCUCAUGCUGGCCAACAGGACCUCAGUGCUGCCACAGGCCGAGAAGCCCGGGUUCUUUAAACCCACCAGCCUGGCGGCAGCAGCCCAGUGGUUCUCCGACGGCUAUAAUUCAUUGUCCUCUGCAAACGUGAUUACUCUCACGAAUGUUGACGGCCGCUGA